GGUGUAUGCUGGGGUUGUAUAUAUGACAAAUACCUAAAAGAGAAGAGUGGAGUUCCCCUGUAACUCUUUGGCUGUUUGGUUCUCUCCAUCCACCCUUCCAUCUCUUUCAUUACCUCAAGGCUUUCCUGUAUAUCCCGAAAGCAGACAUGACUUUCUACAGGCACUCAGGCCCCCGCAGCUAUCUGAGCUCCACAAUGACUGAUCGUUUUGACUGCUUCUACUGCAGAGAUAACCUGCAGGGCAAAAAGUAUGUCAAGAAAGAUGACAAGCCUGUAUGCGUGCGCUGCUUCGACAAGCUCUGCGCCAACACUUGCGCUGAGUGUCGCAAACCUAUAGGCGCUGAUGCAAAGGAGCUGAACCAUAAGAACCGCCACUGGCAUGAGGACUGCUUCCGCUGUGCCAAGUGCUACAAGCCGCUGGCCAAUGAGCCCUUUGCUACCAAGGAUGAUGGCAAGAUCAUGUGUGGGAAGUGUGGAGACCGUGACGGAUCGCCUCGCUGCCAGGGCUGCUACAAAGUGAUUACGCCUGGAUGUAAGAAUGUGGAGUACAAGCAUAAAGUCUGGCAUGAAGAGUGUUUCAUCUGCUUUGAGUGCAAGCAGCCCAUCCGCACCCAGAGCUUCCUGACCAAGGGUGAUGAUAUGUACUGCACUUCCUGUCAUGAGAAGAAGUUUGCCAAGCACUGUUUCCGCUGCAAAGAGGCCAUUACCAGCGGUGGGAUCACCUAUCAGGACCAGCCGUGGCACUCUGAGUGCUUUGUGUGUAACACAUGCAGGAAGCCUCUGGCUGGAGCCCGUUUCACGGCCCAUGAAGAUCAGUUCUACUGUGUGGACUGCUACAAGACUGAUGUGGCCAAAAAGUGCUCUGGAUGUCAUAAUCCCAUUACAGGAUUUGGCAGAGGGACCAACGUGGUGAACUACGAGGACAAAUCCUGGCAUGAAUAUUGCUUUAACUGCAAAAAAUGCUCACUCUCCAUGGCCCACAAGCGCUUCGUCAUCAAAGGAGAGGACAUCUACUGCUCUGACUGCGCCAAAAAGCUGUGAGGGCCCGAUGGGAUGUUACAAGGCUGAUUAACAAAAGCAAUUAGGAUUGAUGAUGUGUCGAAAACUAGCAAAGCUUUGAGUGUAAAGAAACCAAACUAAAGAGAAACCAGUGAGGGUGUUUGUGCUGAUAAAUCACUGGAAGUUUGAGAUUAUUUUUAUAAAGUUAUUGGAGCAAAUAGUGAGUGCUAUGUGAAGGGCUUUUCUUAUGCAAAACAUGUAACUGCAAUCAUAAAUGUAAUCGCUGGAUUUGCAAACCUAACAAUGCAUUUUAAGCUUCAGUUAUUGCAAAGCUAUGGUAAAACUGUGUGAUGUCACAAUAGGAAUACAACAUACAUUGCUGUAGUUCACCAAAAAAUGAAAAUUCUGUCAUUAAUUACUCACCCUCGUGUAGUUCCACACCUGUAAGACCUUUGUUCAUCUUCGGAACACAAAUGAAGAUAUUUUUGAUGAAAUCCAAGAGGGUUUUUUUUUUUUUUUAUCCCCUAUAAAAAGCAACAUAAUGACCACAUUCAAGGUCCAGAAAAGUAGUAAAGACAAAAUAAUUUUUUUUUUGCACACAAAAAGUAUUCUCAUUGCUUCAUUAAAUUAAGGUUAAAUCACCGUAGUCAUGUUGACUAUUUUAACAAUGUCUUUACUACUUUUCCAGACCUUGAAUAUGGUAAUUAUUUUGCUAUCUCUUGGGGAUCAGAAGCCUAAUAUCUGAAUUUGUGUCCUGAAGAUGAAUGAAGGUCUUACGGGUGUUGAACAUGAGGGUGAGUAAUUAAUUACAGAAUUUUCAUUUUUGGGUGAACUAACUCAGUAAAUUCAUUUUGCUUUGUGGAAAAAAAUGUUUUGAUCAUUUUAUUAACACAACUGUAAGAAUGGAAAAAAAAAAAGUAACAAAUUGAGCAUGAAACAAUAAAUGACUCCAAAGAACA